AUGGAAGUUCCCAGCAAAGAACGGAAUAACCGCUUAUCACGAUUUCCUGGAACCAAAGACAGCGAAGUGCGCAAGAGAGGAUUGGACCAUCUUGACUCACCUAGUCAAAAAGAAAGUCCAUCCAAAAUACCGACCAUCUUCAAACCACUUUCAAAAGAAGCCACCAAUCCUUGGAAGCGGUACAUUAAAAGCUUCAAGAUAAAUCAGGCUGGGUCUGGCUAUGUUGUGCACGCGACAAACCCGACUUUCCAGGAGGGAAUCAUCAAAUCAACCAAGACACCACGAAGUGAGCUUUCGAAGAUUAUAGCCAAGCAUCACCAAAGAAAUAUAGUGCAUAUACAGGAGGCUUUCUAUCACGAAGGGCAAAUGUUUUUCCUUUAUGAGCUACUAGACGUUUCCUUGGGCCAAAUCUUUGGUUCUCCUCUCGGACGCCUUAAACUCUUUGAAGUUGCAGCUUUUUCAAAAGAGAUACUUACCGGUCUUGAGUAUAUUCACCAAACACUCAAGAUUUCCCAUGGCAACAUUGAGUCCGGCAAUAUUCUCUUGUCGGUCAACGGUCAAAUCAAAAUAGGAACCUCAAUGCUGGAUAAUAAGGAUGAUAGCUAUUCACAAGAUGAUGUUCGGGCUAUAGGUCAAAUUAUCGUCGAAUGCUUAGAGCCACGGGCCUUCUUACAAGGUGGCUCAUUGUCAGAAACAUGGCCUCAGGAUAUAUCUGAGUUUGUGGAAUUCACAAAAAUACAAUCUGCGCAGAGAUUAUUAAAGCAUGAUUUUCUGAACAAGUCUCCAGGCUCUUCUUGCCUCAAGCCAUAUAUUCGUUUCGCGAGGGAGGCAGGAGCAAAGGAGAUUGAGUUUGGUGAAAAUAUUUGA